AUGGAUUCUUCUGCAGGUCGUAACCACCAUCUCCAGCGAAGGCAAUGUGCCGGAAAACGCCCAUCUUCCCGCCGGAUUCCGUCGUUCUCCUCCUCCUCCUCCUCUUCUUCCUCCCUUGAUCAGUCAACGUGUUCUCAUGAUGAUUCGCUUCUGGGUCCUGCAACCCCUCUUAGAUUAAUCUCCCGCAUCCCGUUCUCCUGGGAACAUUUUCCCGGAAUCCCCAAGAAUCAUAACCACAACAACAAGAUCGAGCCCUCCCCCUCCCACAAACUCUUACCCUUGCCUCCUCCGACAAUCACUCAUCUUGAAGAUCAUCAAAUUCGGACUCGGAAGAAGAAUUUGAGUCAAGGUAGUUUUCAAAGGGAUCCUUUCUUUGCUGCUCUAGUUGAAUGCUCAAAGUCUAAGAACGAUUAUGAUCAUCAUGAAGAAGCUUCCACUAGCAGCAGUCUCUGGAAUAACAAUGUGGCUAAGGUUUCGAGAAGUCUCAGUGGUCGUUUUGAGUUUGUCAGUUUUUUUGCUUCUUGCAAGAGAACCUGUGCUGUUUCCGAAUCUCUGGUUCAUCUUCCAAGCUCCAGAAGAACAAGCUGAAGAAACAGACACACCAGACACUGCCCCCUAUACAGACAAUAAACUUUGAUAUGUACAUGUGUUAUUGUGUGCUUGUUUAUUGUUUUAUUUUACCGUAAGUAUUCAUGGAGCUUUGUGUAGAAGAAACAAUAAUGGACACGAUAGCCACCGAUUCCUCUAAGAUUUCUGAUCUCGGAGAUUCCUAGCUAGCUGAAAUGUGCUGUUGUUCUUGUCGGCAUUGAGAAAAAUAGAGGUAUUUUCGUUUUUUCCCCUUGUUUUUAUCUUUUUUUUAGAUUUUGAUAUUUGCGAAGACAAGUUUGGCUUUGGAAAC